AUGAGAAUAAGAGAUAGGAAUAAAUAAAUUUAAGAUAGUUUUCUAAUUAAAGUAAUUUAUAAUGAUUAUAAUUAAUUUUUUAUUGGUACCUUAAUGAAAAAUGAUCAUUAUAGAAUUAUACUCUAGUACUCGUAAAUAACGCUUGACUCUCUCACAUUCCCAUACUAUCAUGUGAACAAGGGUUGUCAAUUCAACUUUUUUGAAUUGGAUUAAGAGAUAUAAAUUUAAUUGAAGAAGGAUGAUUCAAAAUACUUUAAAUGCCCUGUCUGUCAUUAACAGGGUCAAAUUCUAUUAGAUUUGUAAUAUAUCAAGGAGGAAUUUUAAAAUAAAGAAAAUUAAUUUGUGGUUAAGAUGGAGGAUCAAUAGACCUUCAAAUUGCAGAAAUCAAGUUACUUUGAUUUUGUAUUAAGUAAGGAAUAGCAAUUUUUUGAAUUGUAAAAAAAAUUUAAUGCGAAAAUACUUAAUGAUAAUCAUAAAUAAAAUAAGUUUACUUUGUAAUUGAUUGAGAAAUUAAAUGUUUAAGUAAUAUAGAUUUCUAAAUUAGAGAAAUAAUGAAAUCUUUCAAAUCUACCGCAAAAGUCGUCAAGAAUAAUAACCUACUUUGAUAGGAGUAAUAAAUUUCAAAUUAAUUCUAUUUUAUCAUAUAUUUAAAAUCAAAAUAGAAUUAGAUCUCUAUGAUGAUACUAAUAAAAAUAAUAUAAUAAAACUAGCAGAUUUUCAAUAUGGCCAAAUGACAACAUAUCAAGUCUCUUUGAUUAACAAGGUUAUUUAUUUGGUUGUUUAACAAGAUAAACUUUAUUAAUUAUAUAGAGGAAACUUCAAUUAAAUCUUCGAAGGGAAUUAGGAUAAACCCAUAUUUAAUGUGUCUCUGAUGCCUGGCUAUACAUUAUUUGGAGUGUCGAGAUUGCUUUAAUUUAACAAUCAUCUACUCAUGAUUGGAAGUAUUUAUCGAUCAUUAUUAAUUAUAUUAGACAGAGGUGCUAUUGUUGUGAAGGACAAGAUUGAUGAGAAAGUUGUUAUGGAUGAGCAAAUAAAAAUUUCGAAAGAGAUAACUGAAAAUUCUUAAUUUGCUGCAAUUAAUAGUAAAUCAAUUUUGUUUGUGGGUAACAAUUAAAUAGAUAAAAGUGUUGGAGUCACAGAGUUAUGCUUUUCAGAAUCAAAAAUCAUUGAAACAAAAUAGAAUACUUUUAACAUUCCAAAUUCUGAAUUCGAUUUCUCUUUGCUGGUUGAUGAUGCUUAUUAUUUAUUCAGCAGUGACAGACUGAAUCAACAAAAAGUUUAAGUCAUAUAAAUUACUACAACAAAGGAUAGGAAUUAAUUCACAAAGACUUUGAAAAUUAUAAAUCAUCAGAGCUAUUUGAAAGUUAAAAUCAUUCCUACUACAAAGUAAAAAGUUGGAAGUGUUGUAUGUGCCAUGGUUGGAUUGACAUUUGAAAAUAGUUAAACCAUAUUUCCGGGUGUUUUAGUGUUUAAUGAUAAGGAUAAUAUAAUUGAGAUUGAGCUUAUAUGA